GUGCCGGUAUAACACAGAAGCAAACAGUCCCUUGGAGGCUCACAUCCCACCAAACUAACCUCCGCCGCUCUCCCUCUCACUUAAGCCUUAUCUGGCCCAGGAGCCGGGAGAUAAGAGCCAGACCCGGAGCGUCAAAAGCCAAACCGCAGCCCUCAGCGCGCCUGCGCAGGGUACAAGCUCAUCCUAGCCGGAGUCCCGGCGAUUGGCUGUGACGUAACUUCCGGCGUGAGCGGCGAAAGCCGGGAGGGCGAGCGAGAGAGAGCAAGCGGGCAGCAGGCAGCAGGUAGCGGGCGGUCGGACGGGCGGUACGAAGGGAGGGAGCGAGCGAGCAGCGAGUGAGCCAGCGAGGGCAGCCGCGUCCCGAGAGCAACCGAGAUUCCUCCCGUCCUUCUGACCCCCUUCCCGGAGCCCACAGCGCCUCCGGUCUCCAGCGGAGCGGACACGGCCCGGCCCGGCCAUGGCCUCGUUGCUGAAGGUGGAUCAGGAAGUGAAGCUCAAGGUUGAUUCUUUCAGGGAGCGGAUCACAAGUGAGGCAGAAGACUUGGUGGCAAAUUUUUUCCCAAAGAAAUUGUUAGAACUUGAUAGUUUUUUGAAGGAACCAAUCCUAAACAUCCAUGACCUAACUCAGAUCCACUCAGACAUGAAUCUCCCAGUCCCUGACCCCAUUCUUCUCACCAAUAGCCAUGAUGGACUGGACGGUCCCACUUACAAGAAGCGAAGGUUGGAUGAAUGUGAAGAGGCCUUCCAAGGAACUAAGGUGUUUGUGAUGCCCAACGGGAUGCUGAAAAGCAACCAGCAGCUGGUGGACAUCAUUGAGAAAGUGAAGCCUGAGAUCCGGCUGCUGAUCGAGAAAUGCAAUACGGUCAAAAUGUGGGUACAGCUCCUGAUUCCUAGGAUAGAAGAUGGGAACAACUUUGGGGUGUCCAUUCAGGAGGAGACAGUUGCAGAACUAAGAACUGUUGAGAGUGAAGCUGCAUCUUAUCUGGACCAGAUUUCUAGAUAUUAUAUUACAAGAGCCAAAUUGGUUUCUAAAAUAGCUAAAUAUCCCCAUGUGGAGGACUAUCGCCGCACAGUGACAGAGAUUGAUGAGAAAGAAUAUAUCAGCCUUCGGCUCAUCAUAUCAGAGCUAAGGAAUCAAUAUGUCACUCUACAUGACAUGAUCCUGAAAAAUAUUGAGAAGAUCAAACGGCCCCGGAGCAGCAAUGCAGAGACACUGUACUGAGGCCAGGGCCAGGGCCAGGGGACUCUGUGAGUCUGGCUCAAGACCGACAUUGCCUUGGUUUGUUACAUGACUAUCGUGAUGGGGAAACUGGCUGGAAAUAGUAAUCACACCUCUCUCUGUUUUUAGUUAGAGUCUAAUGAAACUCUCAUGUAGUUCUGUGACGUGUUUACCUCUUUUUUCAGGCCUCAGGAACUCCUCUAUUUCCUCCCCUAACACCCCACGCCCCACCUGCCCUAAUUUCUGGAGAACUCCAGGUUUGUGUGUGCAGGAUGUUGGCACAAGAAUACUUGUGUUUUCUCUCCUGCCUCCCUCCUGUGUCUUGGGCAUUGUGUUUUCUUCCUUUUGGUGAUUAGUUGGUUAGAAGCUGAGGGGACUGGAGGGAAAGUGCUAGAUGUUUUGUAGGAACUGGAGCGGGGUUGGGGGGGACCAGCUCCUCUCUUCUUCGUGAAAGUUUAGUGUCUCUUGCACUGUGGGACAUUGGAUCCUCCCUGCCACAGUUGCCCUGGUGGUCACUUAGGGUUCCCCAUCUACGUACGUUCCACCUUGACCCUGAUCAUGACAAGAAACACCUUAGACCUUUGGCCAAGUCUCUAGCUCCUUCAGAAGUUUUUAUAAUGGAUUUUCACAUACACAUAUAUGUGUCUAACACACACACACACACACACACACCCAUUCAGAAGGUGAUAGUUGUCCAUGUCCUCAAUCCACCAGAGCCUAUUGUCUCCUAAUAUUGUAGCCUCUUGGUGCCUGAGACCGGGGAGUUGGAGGAGAGCUAAGAGAUGAGAAGCACAGGGACUGGGGAAGCCUCCUUCCUCUAUGACUUGGGUCCUUUUGGGCGUUAUUGCAAAGGCUGGUCCUCUGACUCCUGGGUGCCUCCUCCCAGGCCAGACGUAAAUUGGGUUAGAGGUGUCUGCAGCUGUGAGAACCAAAUGCCGCUGCUCCCCGUGGGCUUUCUCUUUCGGAGAAAUGUCUCUUGUUUGUUGUUUAUAGUAUUGUGCUUCCAGGGAAAGUGGUCACUUGUGUGUGUGUGUGUGUGUACACAUCAUGUGUGUGUGUGGAAAUCUUCUGGGCAAGUCAAAACCAUAGAAGAGUUGCCUAUCUCUCAAAUCUUCCAGAGAUGUCACUUGUUACAGCGUUUUGGUUAACCUUCAUCAAUCCCCACUUUUUACUGGAGAGUCGGUAUCUGUGGUCAGCUUGCCAGUGACUCCCUCAGUGUCUUACUUCUGACUUCUGUUCUUCCCCUGUCUCUAUCUUCCAGUCCCCAAUCAUAUUUCCAUCUGGACGUAUCAUUUUUACUCCCGGUGUGCCGCAGAGAAGGAGUUAGGAUGCUGUCUUGCCGUGAAUAGUGCUCAGUAACAAGCCAACUGCGUAUUAGUUGGGCAGUGCCCCUACCCACCCUCCAGACUCCUUCCAACUAAAACCCUUCCCUCCUUCCACCAUGUGUUUCUCAGUUUCCCUUUUUGUUUGUUGGAUUGUUCCACUGCCCCUCCUCCUCACCCUACCACCCUUGGGUCAUAAUGUAAAAUUCUUUACCAUGUCAAGAAAUUAUUAAAAAUACAGGUACUUUGACCUCUUUCUAAA